AUGGGCUCAAAGUAUCAAGAGAUGAAUAAGAAGAUAUCGACAUUUUGUGGUUAUUACAACAAUGCUCGUUCGAAUCGGCCAAGUGGGGCGAGUGAUGAAAUGGUUUUUGCCAUAGCUAUGUCAAAAUACCAUACGAAAGAACAUAGUGUGUUCACGUACGUAGGGGCUUGGGAAAUCUUUAAAAAUUGUCCCAAGUGGGCGCCGGUUCCUAACGAGGUGGCAAGAGCAAAGAGGUCUAAAACAUUCGAGUCGAUAGAGCAUAGUGCCGGUGAUUCAGAUGUGCGUUGCCAUAUUAAUAUUAAUGACGAACCUGAGUUUAACGAUGAAGUGACGGAGAUUCCGGAAUUUGACGAUGAAGUGACGGAGAUUCCGGAAUUGAAGCGCCCAAAUGGUAGAGACAAAGCAAAAAAGGAAGCGGCGACCAAAAAUAAAGAGGCGUUGACAUAA